CAUUUUCUGUGGCUUCCGACAGUCCGACUGGUGUUUACGUGCAUCGUGUAUACUGUAUUGUGAUUGUGCAGUUUAGUAAUUUCGCGUUCUACGUUUCUUGUUUGAAAAUCCGUCUGUUGUGCUGUGUGCUGUGUGAUUUUUCAGCGUUAUUGUGAUUUAUUUAGAUUUUUAUAGCAAAAAUGGCUGCUGUCACUCCAGCAUUGAAAGAUUUACCCAAAGUUUCAGACGACUUGAAAACACAAUUGGAAGCUUUCAGUCAGGAUAAAAUGAAGCAUGCAUCUACCCAAGAGAAAAUCGUGUUACCAUCUGCCGAAGAUGUUAAACAAGAAAAACAACACAAUGCUCUAAUCCAAGACGUGGAAAAUUUCUCUGCUCAUUCAUUACACCGUACGGAUACUCAAGAAAAGGUUAUUUUACCCAAUGCCGAAGAUGUAGCUGCAGAAAAAACUCAAAAAGCUUUAUUAGAAGGAGUCGAAGCUUUCGAUCAAGGGAAAUUAAAACAUACCACUACUCAAGAGAAAAAUCCAUUGCCAGAUAAAAGCGCGAUCGAUGCUGAAAAGGGGCAGCAAAAAUUUAUCGCUGGAAUUGAAAAUUUCGAUACCUCCAAAUUAAACCACAUAGUUACAGAAGAGAAAAACCCAUUACCUACUAAAGAAGCUAUUGCUCAAGAAAAAACUGCUUAAACUACAUACAACCGUACCGAGAUGUACUAAAUUAUUCGGCCACGAUACUUUCUUUAGUGCUCUCUUGGUUGUGACUGGAAUAUUUUAUAUUUGUUAUAUUGAUUGUACCUUUUAGUUCUUUUUCUCUUGUAUUAUUUAUACGCGCUGCGAUCAAUUUGAUAACAUUAUCAAUUAUUUAUUCGAUAUAGAAAAUUUUAUACAUAUUUUAUAUUCACAUUUUUUUCGUACUUUUAUAAUAUCGUCCGUUGCUAUAUUUUGAAAAAAGAAGACGAUCAAUUAAUUUUUUUAUUCGUAAUGUAUAUGAAAUUCAAUGCAUUUAAAAGGAAUGGGUACCUCUGGUGAUUAACUUUUUGUAUAAUUUUAUAUUUUUUUAAACGCACAUUAUUAAAUUUUAUGCAUACCUACCUACUUUUUUUAAUUUUCAAAUUUAUACGAUAAAUUUAAUUUAAGCUUAAAUUAAUUUUGUUGAGCUUUAUUUUCAAUUUGUUUUUUUUUUCCUAAAACGAUCGAAUGGAAACUAAUAUAGAGUGAUAUAUAGCUAUAUUUUUGUAUUCUAUCAGAAAUUUUCGAGUCAAAAUUUUAUUGAAUUUUUUUGUAUGUUUUCGUAGUACAAUGCCGCAUUGCGGGCAAUUGAAAUCAAAAUAUAUGCUUUAAUCAUCAAUAAACUAAUUUAAAAGUUA